AUGGACGCCGACGGCCUGGCGAUCGUCGACCUCUCGCAGCCCGCGGAGGUGGUCGCGCGGGACAUUGCGGCGGCCUGCGCCACGUCCGGCUGCUUCCAUCUCGUGCAGCAUGGCAUCUCGCCUCGUCUUCUCGCCGACGUCUGGCAGGCCAUGGACACCUUCUUCGACCUCGCGCUUCCGCAGAAGCAGCAGUGCCAGCCAGCCAACGCCGCCGACGACCGCGGCUACUCGAGCUUCGGCACCGAGAACGUGGCCGCUUUCAUGGGCCGGCGCGGCGAGCCCAACGACCCGGUGGAGAAGUUUGCGUUCUCCAACCCAGCGAUCGUCGAUCCUGCGAUCGACGUGCACGCGCGACCCAACGUGUGGCCGCCCGUCGAUGGCUUCCAGUCGACCAUGGAGGCCUACUACGCUGCGGUUAAGGCCCUCUCGAGAACGCUCUUUGGCCACUUUGCAAUGGCCCUUGGCGUCGACCCGACGUACUUUGCGGCACGGACGUCGACGGCGCCCGACUCGGUCAAGCUCAACUACUACCCACCCUCGUCUUCUGGCCGCCGCUUUGCCGAGCACACGGACUCGGUGCCAUUUACGAUCUUGAACAUGGAUGCGACGCGCGAUGCGCUCUAUGUGCAGACGCGUAGCAGCCGUUCAUGGGUGCCCGUGAACGCGCAGCCGAACGGACUCUUUGUGAACCUCGGCGACGUGCUCCAGCGCUGGACCAAUGACGCAAGCAUCGCAUUCUUCGUCAUGCUCAACGGCGACGCCACCAUCGAGUGCAUUCCAAGCUGCCAACACACCACCCUCGGGGCCAAGUAUCCACCCAUUACCUUUCACGCCUUUGUGCAGGAGAAGAUGCAGCGUCUCGUGGGCUUGCCCUAA